UUUGGGGACACUAAGUUCCGGAACACAAGAUGGCGCUGUCGCCAUAGAAAUGCUAUAGCUAUCAAAAAAGGACCACAGAAGAAAAGCCGCAGCUGUAUUUUGCAGGGACGUUUCUUCAUUUUGAGGUCGAGAUGAGCGUGCCGGAUUACCUCCAGUGUGCUGAAGAUCACCAGACGGUGCUGGUGCUGGUGCAGCCACUGGGCGCCGUGCCCGAGGAUGACUUCUUCUGCGUGUACAAGCGUGUGGCGAGCGUGUCCCAGGUGAGUGUGGGAGACAACCAGCGAUCUCUGUCCGUACGCUACCGACACAACUACGCCCCCGAGAACGGAGAAUGGGGCGAGUUCCAGUCCCACCGCAGGGCCGUAGGGCUGGUAGCCGUAGCCUGGUGUCCGGCAGCGGGCAGCGAAUGGGCGCUCACCUCCGAGAGGUUCCGCGCCAUGAAGGAGCGACUCGGUCCGGCGCUGUACGACUCGCGCCUGCUGGCGUUCGGGAUGAGCGGAAACGCCACUGCAGAGCUCCAGAGACCAGACGUGGCCUUCUUCCCCGGGUAUGACGACUGCCCCGAACUCGAGAAGACCAUCCAGGACUUCAUUCAAUCCAUCUUCAUCGUCCUCGAGUCCAAAAGGCUGGACCGAGCCACGGAUAAAUCCGGGGAUAAAAUCCCGCUCCUGUGUGUCCCGUUCGAGAAGAAGGACUUCGUCGGAUUGGACACGGACAGCAGGCACUAUAAGAAGCGCUGUCAGGGCCGCAUGAGGAAGCAUGUGGGAGAUCUGUGUCUGCAGGCUGGAAUGUUACAGGACGCUCUGGUGCACUACCACAUGUCCGUCGAGCUGCUGCGCUCCGUCAAUGACUUCCUCUGGCUGGGAGCUGCUCUGGAGGGUCUCUGCUCAGCCUCUGUAAUAAUCCAUUACCCAGGAGGCACGGCAGGAAAGGGCAGCGCACGCAAACCCGUCGUCUCCACGGCAACGGACGGCGGGAAGAGACAUCGUCCAGGAGCUCAGGAGGUUCUCAUUGACCCAGGUGCUUUGACCUCCAGCAGCAGCAUCAGCGCCGACACGAGCAGCGAGAUCGGACGAGCCAAGAACUGUCUGAGUCCAGAGGACAUCAUCGAGAAGUACAAAGAGGCCAUUUCUUAUUACGGCAAGUAUAAGAACGCUGGAGUGAUUGAGUUGGAGGCAUGUGUGAAGGCAGUGCGAGUGUUAGCCAUUCAGAAGAGAGCCAUGGAGGCGUCCGAGUUCCUGCAGAACGCGGUCUACAUCAACCUGGGCCAGCUCUCUGAGGAGGAGAAGAUCCAGCGUUACAGUGUCCUGUCUGAGCUGUACGAACUCAUCGGGUUUCACCGCAAGUCUGCGUUCUUUAAACGAGUAGCUGCCAUGCAGUGUGUGGCUCCUACCAUCCCCGAGCCUGGCUGGAAGGCAUGUUACAGAUUACUGCUGGAGACUCUGCCCGGAUACAGCCUCUCUCUCGACCCUAAAGAUUUCAGCAAAGGAACCCAUCGCGGCUGGGCCGCCGUACAGAUGCGUUUGCUGCAUGAAUUAGUGUACGCAUCCCGGCGUAUGGGGAACCCUGCCCUCAGCGUCCGCCACCUCUCCUUCCUUCUACAGACUAUGCUGGACUUUCUGUCAGAUCAAGAAAAGAAGGAGGUGACUCAGAGUCUGGAGAACUACACCUCCAAGUGUCCCGGAGGGAUGAACGUCAUCACGCUUCCAGACGGACUCAAACUGCCCCCGGUGGCCUUAACCAAGCUGCCUAUUGUCAGGUCUGUGUCUCUGCUGAACCUGCCUGCCAGCCUUCGCCCACAUAAGGUGAAGGGUCUGCUCGGGCCGAACGUCAGCGCCGCCAGCCCAUUCAUCUACUCCCCUAUCAGCAUCCACACCAGAGGAGAAGAACGCUCCAAGAAGAUCGAUUUCCAGUGGGUGCAGGGGGAUGUGUGUGAGGUGCAGCUGAUGGUCUACAACCCCAUGCCCUUUGAACUACGUGUGGAGAACAUGGGUCUGUUGAUCGGUGUGGAUUUUGAGUCCCUGCCCGCUGCUCUGUCUCUCCCGGCAGAGUCCGGUCUCUACCCCGUCACACUGGUGGGGGUCCCUCGCACUGCCGGCACAAUCACAGUUGUCGGUUACCACACGUCAGUCUUUGGUGUGAGCAGUGACUGUGUGUUGGACAGUCUGGUUAGUGUGAAGUCCAGCGGAUGUGUGGUGGAGGUGGUGCCGUCUCUGCCCCGCCUCCAACUCACCACCUCACUACCACGGUCUGCUCGUGUAGGUGCUGAGGAUCUGUCCAGCAGCGUGUCUCUACAGCUGUUUAAUGGAGAAACUCAGAAGCUCAUGGUCACACUGGAGAACAUCGGCUCUGAGAGUUUAAACACACUGGAUCUGUCCUCUAGGACACUCACUACUAAAGAAAAGUUAUUUGGAGAGUUUGUGAGCUGGGAAAUGGAAGAUGUUUGUUCUCGUCUCCCUUUGAAACCAGGCCAGGCUCUCACCAUCACAGUCAACAUCCAGGCCAGGCUGGACUUCUCAGGUCAGGAGAACCUGCUCCAGGACCUCAACGAUGAUGGUAUCAGUGUGACCGGACUGCCCAUUUCCAGCCCCCUGAGACAGGUCCUGAAGCCCCGCCCAGAAAACAAGCAAGUCAACUCCGACGCCAACAAGAGCGAAUACAACAAUGUAAAGACUCUGGAGUGUGUGUUGUGUUUCCGGUACAGUGGAGGUCCCGGGCAUGUGGAUGGUUACUACAGAGAGCUCAGUCUAGGCAUUAGAGUGGACGUGGAGCCCUCAGUGUUCUUCACCAGGGUCAGCACUCUCCCGGCUACCAGUACUCGUCAGUGCCACUUGCUGCUGGAUGUGUUUAACCCUACUGAGCAUGAACUCACACUCACCGCCAGGAACCAAGAGCUGGUGCUACACUCAACCGAGUGUCAGAGGAUGGCCAUACAGGUGGAUAAGAUUGACUUUGAGAGCUUGCCGGUUCCGUCCCAUGAUGCUGUGCAGCAGAGCAGUGUGUACGAGAGGGAGGAGGAGAAGCAGCAGGUUCAGGGAGGACACAUCAACAGCACUCUACAGCUCUGCUGGAACAUCCCGUCUCUGAAGAGGCAGGGUGAGGCGAGUGUUGAAGGCGUUCUCAACCAGCUCGUCCUGGAGCACCUGCAGCUCGCACCGCUACAGUGGGACAUAGCGGUGAACGGAAAAGCGUGCGACUGUGACGCGGUCGCCGAGUGUACUGUGGGCGACGCCGUGCCGCUGGAAGUCAAGCUGACCAAUCGCAGUAAGGGUGCGGUGGGGCCGUUCUCCCUCACGGUGGUGCCGUUCCAGGACUAUCAAAAUGGCGUGCAGAACUACGAGCUGCAGGAAGCUGUCACGUUCAUCGGAUCCAACUCCUUCUACAUCGAUUCGGUGAGUCCAGCAGGAAACUCGACCUGUGCUGGUGCGUUGCUGUUCCUUUACACCGGCGAUUUCUACCUGAACAUCAAGUUCCAGGACGACGGCACGAGCCGAGAGCUUCCUCCCACAUGGUUCUGCUUACCCAGCGUCCACGUCCGAGCGCAAGAACCAAUUGCUGCAUGAACUUGGGUACUCUGUGGAACACAGACAUUUUGUUUUGGACAGUGCAUAGUUACUGUUGUUCUAAAUCUGCUGUAAACUAGAAUUUCAUUUUCAGCAUGAAUUGAUUUGCUCAUUAAUAAAGUUGCUUCGUAAUGUAACAGCACAUCAUAUUAACCCUGA